GUGUUUAAAGCUUGGUAUCCGCCCAAAAAGUAUUGGCCAAUCAGUUUCCGUGCACAGCGUGGACAACAGUGCCUGCAUUCCUACCCUGUUAUUGGAACAGCUGAUUUAUUGUUUUCUGCGCCAUUCAUCCUUGGGUCCUGCAGCCAGCCGAACAGUAACAGACAAAAUCGGGCAACAAGCAAGAGCGUGUAUGUAGCCUACACAUUGUUGCAACAACGACGUGUGACCAAGCUUCGCAAGGAGGCUGCCUCCAUCAACAUCCCCAAAAUCGUGGCUGAAUUCCAUCCCUCCCUUGCUUGUGUGCAGCAUUGAGAGGUCUUAUCAUCGUGUGAAAUCCCUAACAACUAUUGCAGGGAGUUUCACAUCUCGUCGUGUGUUUAAUAGGAAUCAUCUGUGAACAAGCAAGUACCCUAUACAGGUGUCAACAUCAAAGCAAUGACCGAAGGCAGAGCUGGAGUCAGGCAGUCCAGAGGGCAGCAGAAAUUGCUCAGCAUGGACAUGGAUGAAGAGGAGAACAUGAGUUCGAGCAGCACAGACGUUAAGGAAAACCGCAACCUGGACAACCUCUCCUCCAAGGAGGGGACUGGCGAAGGGGUGCAGACCCCCAACGGGAGUGCAGGUGGUGGUGGAGCCGGCGGUGGGGGUGGCGGCCGCAAGCGCCCUCUGGAGGAGGGCAAUAACGGGCACACGCACGGCGGCAAGUUCCGGCCCAAGCGGCGUAAGAAAACGCCGGGGCCCGUGCUGCCCAAGAAUGCGCUGAUGCAGCUGAACGAGAUCAAGCCGGGCUUGCAGUACAAGCUGCACUCCCAGACGGGUCCCGUGCACGCGCCCGUCUUCGUGAUGACCGUGGAGGUCAACGGUCAGCUCUUUGAGGGCUCGGGCCCCACCAAGAAGAAGGCCAAGCUGAACGCGGCCGAGAAGGCGCUGCGCUCGUUUGUGCAGUUCCCCAACGCGUCCGAGGCGCACCUGGCCAUGGGCCGAACGCUGACCGUCAACACAGACUUCACGUCCGAUAGCCAGGCUGACUUUCCCGACAUGCUAUUCAACGGCUUCGAGACACCCGCGCCGCCCGAGGAGACCUUCUACCUGGGCACAAAUGGCAACGGCUCGCUGGUGUCGCUCGGCGACUACCCGGUGCCCGUCACGCCGUGCAGCACGACGCUGGCACAGCCGGUGCUCCCAGUGGCCACGUUCACCACGUCGACGAGCGGCAAGAACCCAGUGAUGAUCCUCAACGAGCUGCGGCCCGGGCUCAAGUACGAGUUUGUGUCGGAGAGCGGCGAGAGCCACGCCAAGAACUUUGUGAUGGCGGUGACGGUGGACGCGCAGACGUUCGAGGGCUCCGGACGAAACAAGAAGCUGGCCAAGGCCCGUGCGGCCCAGGCAGCGCUCUCUGGGCUCUUCAACAUGCAGCUGGACCAGACACCCUCCCGCCAGCCAAUCCCCAGAGAGGGCCUGCAGCUACACCUGCCGCAGGUUCUUGCAGAUGCAGUCUGCCGUCUCAUUGUGGACAAAUUCAGCGAGCUGACGGACAACUUCACUUCACCGCACGCCCGACGGAAAGUCCUUGCUGGCGUUGUCAUGACAACAGGCACGGAUGUCAAGGAGGCCCAGGUGAUCUGCGUCUCCACGGGAACCAAGUGUAUAAACGGCGAGUACAUGAGUGACCGUGGCCUGGCACUGAACGACUGCCACGCUGAGAUCGUGGCCCGCCGCUCCCUGGUGCGCUUCCUCUACAGCCAACUGGAGCUCUUUCUCAGCAGCAGCCGUGAGGAGCAGCAGUCAUCGGUCUUCACCCGGUGCGAGAAGCACGGCUACCGGCUGAAGGACAACGUCCAGUUUCACCUCUACAUCAGCACGUCGCCCUGCGGGGACGCCCGCAUCUUCUCACCGCACGAGGCCGGCGUGGAAGAUCAAGGUGAUAGGCAUCCAAACAGGAAGGCUCGGGGGCAGCUGCGGACGAAGAUCGAGUCUGGCGAGGGGACGAUCCCCGUGCGGUCAAGCAACACCAUCCAGACAUGGGAUGGCGUGCUGCAAGGCGAGAGGCUGCUCACAAUGUCCUGCAGCGACAAGAUUGCCAGGUGGAACGUGGUGGGGAUCCAGGGCUCUCUGAUGAGCUACUUCAUGGAGCCCAUCUACUUCUCCAGCAUCAUCCUGGGCAGCCUGUACCACGCCGACCACCUGUCACGCGCCAUGUACCAGCGCAUCGCCGAAAUGGAGGACCUGCCCGAGUCCUUCACCCUCAACAAACCCCUACUGAGUGGCAUAAGCAAUGCUGAGGCGCGGCAGCCAGGAAAGGCACCCAACUUCAGCGUGAACUGGGCGGUGGGGGACCAAGCACUGGAGGUCAUCAAUGCCACGACGGGCAAGGACGACCUCGGCAGACCCUCCCGCCUCUGCAAGCACGCCUUCUACUGCCGCUGGGUUCGCCUGCACAGCAAGCUGUCUCCAAGUCUGCGGAUCAAGGGGCCCAAGCCCAGCUCGUACCAUGACGCCAAGCAGGCGGCACAGGAGUACCACACGGCCAAACAGACUCUCUUCAAGGCCUUUCAGAAGGCCGGCCUCGGCGCCUGGGUCAAGAAGCCCAUCGAACAGGACCAGUUCUCCCUCAACCCCUGAUCGAGACAUGGACAGGUGGACACAGGGGAGGGGGGAUGUGUAUGAAGAGAGAGAGAGAGAGAGAGAGUAAGAUGACAGUGAACAGGGGCAUUACCAGCCAACCAGACAUCAAUCAUCACAAUGUAGUGUGUGUGUGUGUGUGUGUGUGUGUGUGUGUGUGUGUGUGUGUGUGUGUGUGUGUAAGACCCCAUAGUCCUUCUGCUGAGCCUCCUCUGGUCUUUCCUGAGUGUGAGUCGGGAGUCUAAUGUUUCCUGAGAUGUUUCUUUACCACUGCUGGUGAUAUGAUUUAUUUUUAAGAUUAUUUUUAAGAUUAUACAUUAUUUAAUAGGAAAAGUAUAGAUACUUUUGACUUGACUUGAACAAAAAAUGGACAACAAACACAGGUGUAGUAACUUGGACAGCAUUGCCAAACAUACAAUACUCCUCAGACUGAUAUUUGGAUUCAGGCAGACAUCUCUUAGGUGCUGAUGGACAGGGAUUAUGGGUAAUGCUGUUCUGUCCUUCACUUGUUCCUCUGACCUUUACUCACAAUUCAGUUGCCUUCAGUACUCCGUUUAAGAUUAUUUUAAGUAGUGUUUUAUAUGAAAUUAUGAUUUUCUUGUGAGUGUAUAACUCAUGCCUUUCCCCCAUUUUAGCAUAUUUUUAAACACAUCAACUCAUUAUAGCAUAUACAAUUAACAUAUUUCGUUGAUUAGUGGUGGACCUUGGUAGUCAACGAUUCCUUUGCAGCAUGCCAUUGCCUUUGGAAAUAUUCCCCACAGGUCAAGAUUUGCAACUUAAUUCACUGUGUAAUGCCUGUCAAGGAGCUGGGCUGGUGGGUGUUGGUCCUUUCCAGUGCUCUGUGGCCAUGAGCCUUGAUCCUGCCUGUCUUCAAGUGUACUUGACAAAACAGGACGCUGAUGCAAUACACUGGGAGGAUCAGAGGCCAGUAGUUUCGAGCCCAUAGAAUGGAGUUUUAUCUUGGCCAUACAUUCUAGAACACAAUGCCGUGUAGUGGAAAGUAAUGUUAUAUGACAAAUCAGAGCUCACAGUUCUUAUAAUUUGUGAGUUCUAAUAUAUAGACAUGGAAAAUUAGAAUGUGUUUUAUUACUAAAUGCUGUACUGUAAAAGAAAAUGACUGGUGCAUAUACCAUUCAAACUGGUAUCUAGUGACCAUGACCAUGAUUUUAAGGUCCAAGGUUUUAAUUUUAUUGGCGGCUUUUUCUGUUAGUAAUUGACUACAGUUUGUAGGCUACAUUCAGUUUUGUCAGUUGGUCAUCCGAAUCACACGCUUGGUAACUAUGGAAACACCUCCAAAGAAACAGCUACUGUGCUUCUGUUCGUCUGCUUCAUUGAAAGCUGGUGAGGGUGGUCAUGCACUUGCUGUCUGUGAAGGUGAGAACACUGUUUGCCCUUGAGGCCUCUCUGCGAUUGUACUGUAUGCUAAAAACUAGUAUGUAUACUAAUGCAUUCCAAAAAAAAGGACAAAUUCAUAAAGUUUAUUUUGCUUCAACACUUUAAAUAUGAUUUGUAAAUAUUAGUUUGGUAUAGUUCUUAUGAUGGCGCUUAAAUGUAUUUCAUAUGAUCUUAUUAUGUUAAUGGAAACAUCAUUCCCUAAGAAAGAGUGAAAACUCCUGUACAGUGUAAUUAAAUUAACUUCAUCUCUUCCCCCAACACCUGGACCAAAAAAUAAGGCUGUCAGGUUAGCAACUUCCCAGCAUCUUAUUUAGUUGGCAUGUUUUGUUUAGUUUAUUUUCCCUUAAGAGGGUUGUUGAAAUGCACUGGACCUUGUACUGUUUUUGCUGUCUUGUUUAUAUGAUGAUUCUAUGCUAAUUCCUGCACUAUUUGUUUUUUUUUUUUUUAACGAGAAGGACGCAUCUGGCUUAGCAUGUAAUUUUUGAGCCCCUCCCCAGCUUAUGUUGUCCACGCUGUACCCUCAAUCUCGAAAAAAUAAAAUAGCAAGAAAACUCCA